AUGGUUUCAAGAAUAGAAUUUGAGGAUGUUUUCCCUGAAGAGCUUCCUAGUGGUCUGCCUCCCAUUAGAGGCAUUGAACAUCAAAUUGAUUUUAUGCCUAGAGAAGAGAUCCCAAACCGACUAGCCUAUAGGACUAAUCCUAAAGAAUCAAAGGAGCUGCAAAAGCAAGUUGAAGAGCUUCUUGCAAAGGGAUACGUGAGGGAGAGCAUGAGUCCAUGUGUCAUCCUAGUGCUUUUGGUGCCAAAGAAGGAUGGGACUAUGCAGAUAAAGGAACAAUUGUAUGCCAAUCUUAAGAAAUGCACAUUUUGCAUGGAUAAGGUGAUCUUUCUAGGAUUUGUGGUUAGUGGCAAGGGUAUUGAAGUAGAUGAGGAUAUGGUAAAAGCCAUUAGAGAGUGGCCUACUCCAAAAUCUGUGAGUAUUGGUGCUGUUUUAAUGCAAGAAAGAUGUCCCAUAGCCUACUUUAGUGAAAAGUUGAGUGGAGCUGCUUUGAACUACUCCACCUAUGACAAAGAGAUGUAUGCAUUGGUGAGGGCUUUGGAAACAUGGCAACACUACCUAUGGCUGAAAGAGUUUGUUAUUUAUAGUGAUCAUGAAUCAUUGAAGUACUUGAAGAGCCAAAACAAACUCAGCAAGAGGCAUGAUAAGUGGAGCGAAUUCAUUGAGUCAUUUCCAUAUGUGAUUCAAUACAAGCAAGGAAGAAACAAUGUGGUGGCCGAUGCUCUUUCUAGGAGGUAUACUCUUUUUUCCAUACUUGAUGCUAAGUUGUUGGGUUUUGAAUAUGUGAAAGAAUUGUAUGUGGAACAUGCUGAUUUUGCCAAGAUAUAUGAAUUAUGUGAGCAUGCUGCAUUUGAUAGAUUUUAUAGGCAAGAUGGUUUCUUGUUUAGAAAAAUGAGUUGUGUGUAUCAAAUUGCUCCAUAA